UCAUAUAUUGGCUACUCGUCCCUUCCUACUUCGGCAUCUAGCUGAGACACACACACACACACGUCUACCACCACUACAAUCUUCUCUGCACUCGACUUCCUGCGAAGAAUAAAGCAUGGGUUGUGCAGGCAGGGCUUCCUUGGCGGCUGCAGCAGCGAGCAUAGGCGCCGUGGAGGCGCUCAAGGACCAGGCCGGUCUGUGCCGGUGGAACUAUGCCCUGCGAUCUCUGCAACAGCGGGCGAAGAGCGGCAUGGGGUCUCUGUCUCAGUCCAGGAGGGCGGCAUCAUCCUCCUCCAUUGAUGGGAGGGGAAGGUGGCAGGGGGGUGAUGAGAAGGCCAGGCAAUCUGAGGAGGCACUGAGGACGGUGAUGUACUUGAGCUGUUGGGGUCCCAAUUAGAGAGCCUUUUUGUGGUGCUCUCUGUAAAUCUAUAUUAUUCAACCAUUUGUUCUGAGUUCUUCAUUCAUUUUGCCUAUUUAUAUUGGUAUGGAGAAGCAUGAAGUGGGUUGAUCAUGUUGCAGAAUCCAUGGCCUUGUGUUGCAGUUCUACUCUCUUAUCGAAUCUGUACCUUUCAAGCCAAUUGUGUCUCAAGGAUGCUUUUGUACUUGAAAUCCUCUCCCUCAGCAGGACUUUUCUUCCUUGGCUUUAAGAAGUAUUCCAAGAGAGAGAUUGUGAUA